AUGGAGAUGCCUGGACACUGCAGCCUCGUCCUCUUAUUGGUGGCUGUAGACCUGACCCAGUAUUGCGCAGGCUCACACUGGCUGCUGACUUUCAACAUUGUGAUUUUGGAGCCUGGCAGGUUGGAGCCCCUGUUUAUACAGGUUGGAUAUGUAGACUCCACACAGUUUCAGGGAUUUGACACCAAAAAACCAAAUGCAAGGAUGCAACCUCGGGCUGCUUGGAUGGAGCAGGAGCCACCUGAAUAUUGGGAGAAAGAGACAGCAAAAGCCCAUGGCUUAUCACUGUCAGGAAGACGAAUUCUUAGGUACCUGAUGAUAAAUAAUGAGAAUGGUAAUGACCAGAGGCUGAAUGGGUGUGUGGCAGACUAUCACACCCUGCAGGAAGUAUAUGGCUGCAAUAUGGCAAAUGAUGGGAGCUUCCUCGGCAGUCACUACCAGCUCAACUACUAUGGCUAUGAUUCUUUAAUCCUGAAUGAGGACCUGAACUCUUGGAUUGCAGAGGGCAAAGUAGGUGAAGAAUUCAAGAAAUACCAGGAGCAAGGAGGCCUGACAGAAAGUUGGAGGACUUACCUGCUAGGGAAGUGUGUGGAAAGCCUUCUUAGAUGCCUGGACCUUGGAGAGGAGGCCUUGAUGCACUCUGAUGCCCCCCGAACACAUGUGACCCACCAUGUAAGACCUGAAGGGAAUAUCACCCUGAGGUGCUGGGCCCUGGGCUUCUACCCAGCUGACAUCACAAUGACCUGGAAGAGGGAUGGGAAAAUCCACACCCAGGACAUGGAGCUGCCAGACACCAGGCCUGGAGGGGAUGGAACCUUCCAGAAGUUGGCAGCUGUGGUUGUUCCUCCUGGAGAAGUGCUGAGAUACACAUGCCAUGUGCACUAUGAAGGGUUACCUGAGCCACUCACUCUGAAAUGGGGGCCUCCACAAACCAUCCCCAUCAAAGCAAUUCUCACCAGCCUGGUUCUUGGAGCUUUGGUGGUGAUAACUGUGGUGAUUUUUCUGAUAUGGAAGAAAUAA